UCCUCAAAGAUUGACAAGCAACAUGGAGCCCCAAAACAUAACAUUUGUGUUACAAUUCCUUCUUCUGGGAUUUACAGAUGACCCAGAACUUCAGUCUCUCAUCUUUAGCCUCUUCUUGUUCAUCUACUUGGUCACCAUCCUGGGAAACCUGCUCAUAAUUCUGGGUAUAAGCUUUGAGUCCCACCUCCACACCCCCAUGUACUUCUUCCUCUCCAACUUGUCCUUGAAUGACAUCAGUUUCAGCACAGCCACAGUCAUCAAGAUGCUGGUGAACAUACAAGCAAAUGAUCAGAGCAUCACCUAUGCAGGUUGCCUCACACAGCUCUUCUUUGCACUUGUUUUUGCAUACUUUGAAAAUUUCCUCCUUACAGUGAUGGCCUAUGACCGCUAUGUAGCUAUUUGUCAUCCCUUGAGGUAUACUAUCAUUAUGAAUCCUAAGUUAUGUGUUCUGCUCUCACUGAUCUCUCUGCUCAUUAGUAUUAUGGAUUCCCUCGUGCACACUCUAAUGGUGCAGCGGCUUUCCUUCUGCACAGAUCUGGAAAUCCCCCACUUCUUCUGUGAACUUGAUCAGGUCAUCAAGCUCUCCUGUUCUGACACCCUCAUUGAUCACAUUGUGCUCUUUGUUGCAACUUGUGCAUUUGGUGGUGUUCCUCUUUGUGGAAUCAUUUAUUCUUAUUAUCACAUUGUGUCUACAGUCUUGAGAAUAGCAUCACUGGAGGGAAAGUACAAAGCCUUUUCUACCUGUGGGACACACUUGUCAGUGGUUUCCUUGUUUUAUGGGGCUGGUUCUAUGGUAUAUAUCAGCUCUGCAAUGAGUGCCUCACCAAGAAAAUCUGCAGUGGCUUCAGUGAUGUACUCUGUACUUCCUCAAAUGAUGAACCCAUUUAUCUACAGCUUAAGGAACAAGGACAUGAAAGUUGCCAUAAGAAAUCUUUUAAGUAGAAUCAGGUCAUUUGAAUAAUGUGUCCUUUGUUUAGAG